AGUAGCCAGACAUUCUCUCAACAGGUUAUGUGAGCAUGAGUACAGUUAAGUUAUAAGGACGAAAAUCUUUGUGGUGUUCUGAAGCAAUUGAAAGAUAUAAAAAGCCAAACUCUCGACUUAGGAGAACUAAAUCAGCCAAUACAACAUUGAAUGUGUGGAUAUGCAAGAGUACAAUAAAAAUGAGCAUACAAAGGUGGCUCAAAAACAGCCCCAUUAUGGUUAACGUGGCCACAGGUUUUAGCAGAGGCAAAACUCACGAAUACGAAUUUGCGAAUUUCAGUAGAAAAUGAAAGUUUGACAGAGACUCGUUCGUGCUGUAUUCAUAAAAUGCAUACAAUUUAUCCAAUUUUAAUUGCUGUUAAGCAAAAAAGUUAAUUACCAAAGAAAAAAUUGUGCAAAUUUUUUAUUUUUUUUCGAAUAAAUUCCGUAAUCAAAUCUUUAACGAGCUAUCUGUGAUGAGUUUACAAAUGUACACAUAGAAAAAAGAAAACAAACUUUCAAAAUGCGGGGUGCUAUAUUCAUAUCUAAAUAUGUAUGUACAUAUAUGUAAGUAUAUGUAGUUAAAUGCGAAUUAUUUAGUUGUGCGGUAAAGGUACGGUUAAUUGUCAAAAAUGUCGGACAUCGUGGAUACGGAACUACUAGUGAAUUGUACAAUACUCGCCGUCAGGCGUUUCGGACUUAACACUAUUGUAAAUUCAUCUCUAUUGAGCAGCCUGAAUCGAUCGGAAGUUAUCAAUCUACUUUCUGGAAUAAUAGAGAAUAAGGACAACUUAGACAACAUUAAUGAUGCAAAGGACUUUUUAACGGAAUGCUUAUUUCCGUCACCGACGAGACCGUACGAAUUGCCAUGGGAACAAAAAACUAUUUGGGCGAUUAUCUUUGGUAUGAUGCUAUUUGUGGCAAUUGCCGGAAACUGCAUUGUCUUGUGGAUUGUUGCUGGUCAUCGCAGUAUGCGCACUGUUACAAACUACUUUUUGCUCAACUUGAGCAUAGCCGAUUUGCUGAUGUCCUCGCUCAACUGCGUUUUCAAUUUCAUCUUUAUGCUGAAUUCGGAUUGGCCCUUCGGUUCUAUUUACUGCACAAUAAAUAAUUUCAUGGCGAAUGUAACUGUCUCGACGUCGGUAUUUACCCUUGUGGCUAUAUCACUGGAUAGAUAUUUCGCAAUUGUUCACCCUUUGAAGAGACGAACAUCAAGACGAAAAGUACGGAUCAUUCUGUUACUAAUAUGGGUUAUAAGUUGUCUGCUAGCAGCGCCCUGCUUACUGUACUCAAGCACAAUGACGAAAAGAUACUACAACGGCAAAUCGAGAACUGUGUGCUUUAUGCUGUGGCCAGAUGGGCGCUAUCCAACAUCGAUAUCAGAUUAUGCUUACAACAUCAUAAUCCUCAUACUCACCUAUGGUAUUCCAAUGGUUGUCAUGCUAAUAUGCUACACCUUAAUGGGUCGUGUUCUCUGGGGAAGCCGUUCUAUUGGAGAAAACAUUGAUCGUCAAAUGGAGUCGAUGAAGUCGAAAAGAAAAGUGGUACGGAUGUUUAUUGCCAUCGUUCUAAUAUUUGCAAUAUGCUGGUUGCCGUAUCAUAUGUUUUUCAUCUAUGCUUAUCACAACAACGAUAUCACAUCCGCCAAAUACGUACAACAUAUGUACUUGGGGUUCUACUGGUUAGCUAUGUCAAAUGCCAUGGUAAAUCCAAUAAUAUACUAUUGGAUGAACAAAAGAUUUCGAUUGUACUUUCAAAGGAUCAUAUGUUGUUGUUGCUAUGGUGCAGUCAAUCACAAGACGGAUUCCCCGAAUUUAAUUGCAAAUAAAAACAGUUUUCAAAAAUCUAUUAAAGUAGAGGGCAAAAAUAUUUGGAAACGUAGCACAAUGGAGACACAAAUACAGGUGGCGCAAACUUCACUUCGAGAGAGAAUUACCAUGGAUAAAACUCCGAAUAAAGUUGUUGUAGACUGCAUACAAGAGAAAGCCAAAAAUGACAGUUCUCCAGUUUAUAUUUCAACCAAAAGCGGAACUGAUCAGCAACGAAUUAUAAUAAAAUGUAUUUCCUGUGACGAGGACAAUAAAUAUGGUAAAGAUAUUCAGGGAAAGAAUGGAAAGGAUGGAAAAGACACACUCUGAUUGUAAAUUUAUGCAUAAGAAAUACAUACAUAUACAUAUAUGCAUUUGUAAAUAACUUAAAUUAAGUAAUUCAUAUGGAAUAUGUAAGCCCACUUUUGCAGAACGACUUAAUUAAACUGAUUAUGUAAAUAGUUAGAUUAUUAAGCUUUAAAAAUAUCUUUAUAGAUUUAAUCAACUGCAAUUACAUAUAUCAAAUUACAUGUUGGUAAUGCAAGUAUUCAAAAUUUUUAGCUUGUUUUGGAGGUACAUACUUAUUUAUACUUUCGCAUGUUGCCACCGAGUUAUACUCUUCGACACCUAACGGUUAUUUGUAAUAGAGAUGUGUAUAAGCAUAUUAAUAUGAUCAGGAUAAUGAGAUGAUGAUAGCGUAGAUAGAAAUUGAGAUAUAUUAAUGAAAUUUUCUACAUAUAUUCAUUGGCAGAGCGGAUGUCGUUUAUCUAAAAUUUAUAAAGUCUUAUAACAUAUCCGUAAAUCAAUUUAAAAAUUCAUAUUCAUCCGGGGUUAAAAAGUAAAGAAAUGGCCGUGAAACGUUCCUUAAGGGGUUACGUGGGGUUCAGAGGCUAAAAAUAAGCGUAUUUUAAUUUUUUUUUUUCAUAUUAUAUAUUUCAUUCAAACAAUUCAGCAUAUGGAAGGUACAUAUUUAAAGACUAUUUUGUGAAAUUUUCAUGUAAAAAUUUUGAGAACUCAGCCGUUGACAACUCAUCUAACGUGACGUCUCAAAAAAAAAGUGAUCUUGCCGUGGACGUCAUAACUCAUAAUUGGAUUAUCUAAAAUCAAAGAACCAAAAAUAUUUCGUUAGUACAUGCAUAAGUCUCUUUAUUGAACGAAGGAAAAAAAUAAUAUUGAAAUUUGAAUUUUUGACAGACUUAGAAAAAAAUAACACAUUAAAUUAUUUAUUAAAAAAAAAAAAUGAUCGUUCAUUAAGUAGAUAAGAUUGCAAAGAUGUGUGCAAAAUUUGAGCCAAAUCGGUUUAUAACUUUUCGAGAAAUUUUACUCGGAUCGAUUUGAAAUUUUAGGACAGUAUUCUAAACAUAUUGGACUAUUUAAUAAGACAAAAAAAAAUCGAUUUUUUUAAAUUUUCAAACCCAUCUAACCCUUUAAUAGAUUUUAAGUACAUAUCACACAUGCCAUUGAAGCCAAAGUGUUAGGAGCAAGUCUUUCUAGUACACCUUCAUAAAGUGAAAAAAAAUUAAAUUGGAUCAUAACCACGCUUACUCCCCAUAUAACGGAUAAGUUGAAAACUAAUAAAAAAAACUAAUGAAAUAAAUACAGCUGGGCAGUAAGCCUUGCCCCACUGUUUUUAGUUGAAAUUUCAUAUACUAUAUCAGGAUUGUAUUACCAAUUUCAAUUAAGAUUAUGUUAAUAUAAUUAAUAUAUAAUAUUAUCCCGAUUUGCUUAUGUUACAGUGUGAAAAUGUGCCAAUAGUUUCUUCACAGAAUCCAUCUUUUAUGCAAAAAUGCCCGAAAUCAGACUAAAAUUUUCAAAUCUUCAGUUCGCAUGGCUGACUUUAUACCGAAACAACUAAGAAAGGGCUAAGAAUGUAUCCGAACAUUUUAUCCUCUCGCAGAUUUGAAUUGUAUAAAAGUAGGAAGUGUUUCCUCAGUUAUUUCACAUAUAUUCCUGUUUCUUGUUUUCGUGCUAUCUGUCCUCAGUUCUUUAAUUGGAGAAAACGUAAGAUAUCUGAAUGAUAAUGUGACCGUGGAGACUCUGACCAUUAUGGAAUAAAAUUUGAUGUCCUGAUAUUCGGGAAAUCAUAAAAGUGAAACUUGUUGUCAGAACUAUAGUUACGUUCAAUUUCAUAAUUCCCUAAACACAGGAUUCGAUUGAGAAAAUUUGUUAAGAGGAAUAGAAAAUCCGUUAACAAAAAAGCCAUCUGAGAUGAGGCUUUUUUGAACACGCUAUCAAACUAACAGAAGAUUCGAAGAAUAUAAUUCACAAAGUUGAUGGAAAAGAUCAAUGGAAAACAAUUUGCAUAAGUUGUCCAGUUGACCCAUUAACCAAUCCAUCAUGUGUGUUUAUAGAUACAUAUAUGAAUGAAUUAUGUCAUUACUAAGUGACCUCAAAGAACUAUUAAACUGACUAACAUGUAAAGAGAAUAUUGAGAAAAGUGUAAAUCUACUUGUUCUAAAUGCUGUCUGCUCCAGGUGUAGAAUUGUAAUGUUGGUUAAGAUUACCAUAUGUAUAUUGCUGAUAACAAACGACUCUUUCCUACACCUGCACCAAAUGUGUCAAGUUCUUUGCUUUAUAUUGAGGCUUUGGCUUUUAUUAGUCAUUAUUGAAAUUUAGCUCGGUGCCAUUAUUUGUUGAAUCGUAAUAUUGUAUAGGCCAUUUUGUGUACUUUCUUCUGAAUCUAUUUCAUUAUAAAGACUUUAUACGACAUUUUCAAGUAAUCGUUGCUCAAAAAAGUGACAUUUUCUUUGAUUCUCCUCUAUAGAACACGAUGUGUUGGCAUGUCUGCUCAAUAUCGUUUUCAAUGAGAUUUUGCUGUUUAUUCCGCCAUGGAAAGUAAAACAUUGCCAUUUCGUGGAAAUACUCAACUCUGACCACAUCUGGGCUAAGAGUGCAACUAGUGAAUUCCUUUCCGCCCUUCCGUAGUGACAAUGUAGUUAUAGUUGUUCUCUUGUAAUCACAUUUGAUCAAUGUUGGCAAUACUCAAUUUGUAUACCUGGUUUUACACAUAUCUAAGUUUUCAGUUAUAAUUUUUCAUAAUGAAAACCAUCAAAACUAAAAUGUAAUUAUCAAUCUUGUUAAGAGAACAGACUUUUUUCUGCGGAAAAAUCAAAUUUUGGCAAACAUGCGAAAUCCAAAUAUGGAGGUGACAGGCGGAAGCUAUGCGAGUAUGAAACUCUCAUAAACAGCUAAUUGUCAUUUUUAUAAUAUUUCCAAUCAAAAUGGAUAGAAGAUAAACAUUGCGGUUGUAAGCCGCCCAUUGCUACAAAACCAUUGAAUACUACAAAAACAUACUAUAUACAAUAUAAAGUUUGAUUUGGCACUUUCUGCUAUUUUGUCAUCUACCCCCACUUCUUCAUAAACACUUUUUAAAUAUUAAAAUAAAUAUUAAAAAUUAUAAAUUUUUAUGCUAAUGUUUGUACAUGCAUAUAUACUUGCAUGUCUAAAUCUAUAAUUAUGGUACAAGCAUUUCAUUAUAAAUGUUUUAAUACCAAAACCAGAGAUACCAACGUCGCAGAUUUAAACCUCUUUUUUACAUAACAAACAUAAAAAGUCUCCAUACUUCUAUCUGAUUAUAUGUAUUGUAGGUAUUUAAAAUGUAAUUUUAGUAUUGAAGUUCCCGCUCACUUCAUUAACUUCAGUUUAACAAAUGUCGCUCAACUGAGAUAAUUACUAUAAUUGUUAUUGGCGGUUCCAUGUCAAGUACUUUAUACAAGUUUUGCUUGUUUUCAUAUCUUAGAAGCAGGUUUUUGGAUGCUCUGCCACAGUUCAAUGCAGUUGUUUAAAUGGAAAGCUUUACUUAUUGGUUUUUUCGUGUUAAAAAAAAUUAGGAUAUUACAAAUAUGAAAAAAAAAAUUCGAGUUCAAUUAUUUUAUGCAAAACGUAACAUGUUAACAUAUUCAAUUUCAAACCAUUUGCAUUAGAUUUAAUUAUAAUAUUCAUAACAUGUUCAGUUAACUUUAAUGAGAAUAGAUAUAGAGCUUUAAAAUCACGACAGUUAUUAUAUUUCACACAUGAUUUGAAGAAUUAUAAUUUGAUUCGACUCUUUUUGGACGUGAGUUUUAUUUCGAUAACGUCAUUGGCUCUCAAUGUAUAUACUGUAAAGUUAAAAAAUCAUAUAGGAUUUAAAAUUAAGAUAUAUGAAAAAUAGGCGAGGUUAUACCCUAAUUUCGCUUAUUUCAUGAAAAAUUUUAAGGUUCCUUCGCAUUUGUUUAUUAAUUUCUCGCAGUUUUAGUCCGUGAUAUGGGGAUUGGGCGGGGUUAGUAUCUGGACCCGAAACGCGGCAGUCAUGAGCGAGCGAGCAAUCGAAUCGAGUGAAAUUUCGUAACAUUUCCCCUUAUGAACAACAUGAAAUGCGAAACAAAACAAAAAAAAUAUUUAAAUUGGAAUUGACCGUAAAUAUUUAAAUUUGAUAUACGUUUAUAUAGAAAUUUAUUAAAUUUUGUUUUUGCAGACAAAAAAAUGAUCCUUGUUUUUUAUAUAAGUUUAUCUGAUUCAGAUGAAGAACAUCGUGUAUUCAUAUUUUCUUUUAAUAAAUAUAUUUUCAAUAAAAAAGGAACUUGGAAUUAACAUAUCGUAAAUAUGGAUGCUUAUUUCUGAACUCUUCUCUUUAAAACAUCAAGCUCAUAAGUUUUAAUCCGCUCUUCUUUUAUUUUCUCUCCUUUAAAGCAAUUUAUUUCUCAAUAUUUUUUUGGAAUGGGUUUGCGUUACUUCUUAUGCGCGUAAAUUGGAUUUUAAAAGAGAAAGCUUUUCGCUUUCGACAGCGGGCUUCUUUUUAGUUGAUUUUGUAACAAUGCGACUGGCAUAUGGUGUCGGAUCUUCAUCUUCUUCCUCGCUGUUAAUGAUCAUCUCUACCAACUAAUUGAAAACUUCUUUUGGCACUACAUUUCAAAAGUUCUAAUUGUUGUCAACCCUUCUACUGCAAGAUCUAUCCCCGUAGCUUGGAGGAGUUGCUCUUCUGCUACAGUUACCACCGCCAGCUUCGAAGCUUUGUUUAAAGAAAUUUUCUUUUUAUAUUGUGCUUUUGAUUAGCAAAUACCUAUUUGUGUAUUUAAUUAUUAUUUUUAGUCAUUUAUUAUUUUGUUUAUUUAAUUAUUGUUGCUAAGUUUUGUCUUUCAUCGGUGGCCCAGCAGGGUUAAGUUUUAGCGCCAAUGGAUUCCAUAGCUUCGAUGUUUUGUAACUGAUUUACUUAAAACUUUUUGUUUUUAAUUUCUAAAAAUAAAUUUUCAAUAGCUAACGAGUGACAUUGCUAUUCUUUAGAAGAGACGAGAACACGUUAUCGAAUGAGGUAAUUUCAAAUUUCGAAAGUGUGUAUCCGAUAACGAGUACAACGAUCCAAAAACCAAACAAGAUAACAGGUUAACUUCGGCUGCACCGAAGCUAAUAUACCCUUCACAUGUGCAUUUCUUCUAGUAACUUUGUCUCCAGUUUGUAUGGCAGCUAUAUGCUAUAGUUAACCGAUCUGUACAAUUUCUUCAGAUAUUACAUUAUUUCUAUGAACAAUAACUCAUACCGAAUUUCGUGAAGAUAUAUAUGGCAGCCAAUCCGAACAAUUUCUUCGGAGAUUACAUUAUUAUCUUAGAAAAUAACCUGUGCCAACUUUUGUGAAGAUACAUUUUCAAAUGUGAUCGUUCAGUUUGUAUAUUGGCAGUUCCGACAAAUGAGCAGCUUUUUGAAGAGAAAAUGACGUCUGCAAAAUUUCAAAACGAUAUCUUAAAAACUGAGGGACUAGUUCGUAUAUAUACGGACAGACGCGCAUGGCUAAAUCGACUCAGCUCAACAUACUUAUCAUUUCUAUAUAUACCAUAUAGGGUCUGUGACGCUUCCUUCUGGGUGUUACAAACUUCGUGACAAACUUAAUAUACCCUAUUCAGGGUAUAAAAAAGACAUGAAUUUCGCUCGUUAACGAGUGCAGCGAUUCGGAAACUGAUUUCAGUUAUUUUCACUCAGUCGUAAGAAUGGUCUCAAAGAUUUGCAAAUUAUAUUCCUUGGAAGAUAAAUACCUUUAACCGAUUAUGGGGUGGGGCCACGGCCACUUUUUAAAGAUUUUAUAUCAGACUUCUUAUGGUGCUAAUGAACGUGCGUAGGAAAUUUCAGCAUGAUAUCUUAAUUUUUCUUCAAGAUACAGUUUGUGUGGACCGAUUUCUACUUGUCUCGUUAUUCUAAUCAUAUAUAUAUAUAUAACCCUAUUUCUAUCUCGAUUUGUUUUAGGUGAUAAAUACAGGUGAACAAAACUAUUAUACUCUGUAGCAGCAUAUAGCAAAAGUACUCGUAUAAUCGCGGUCAAUAUGUGAGAUAUAUUAAUGAAAUUUAGAAAGCUUAUAUCUUAGACCUGAUAUUUUCGAAGUUCCUGAAUAUUCAGUAGACUUUAUAUCAUAUAUAAGAUACCUUGGAAAAUUAAAUUCGCGUAUAACACUAGAUAUAUUACAGAUUAAUGCAAAAAAUGUGUGAAAUCGGUCCACGAAUUACCUCAGUUCCUGUAUAUGUAUUUCAAAAACGUUUUCGUUAUUCUAUCAGACCUCUCACCGAAUAUGUCAGUCAGUUUGUAAGAUAGAUAUUUGGAUAUUGGAACAGUUUGUCGAAUAUACCCGCGCGAUGUCAAAAGUUAAUGCAAUCAAAUGUAUAUACAUAUAUACAUAUGUAUGUAAGUAUGCAAGCCGGCAUACAACUUUUUAUACACUCCUGAGUACUCCUUCAACCAAAUGUUAUAACUUUCAUUUUCAAAUAUUUGUAAUGUUGAAACAUUACUCGCAAUGUGAAAUAAUUUAAUAAACCGAACUAUUUGUAAUAAAAUCAAAGUGAAACUACCUUUCUUACAUAUCUAACUACGGCUCGCCUGAAACAAGAUAAAGAAUAGAAAUAGCAUAUAUAAGUAUUCCACUGUUGUUCAUCAGUAGGCGGUCGCAAUACGUAAUACAAAUUUUGUUAAUGGUUGCUUAGUUGAUACUAUUGUCGCGCAGGUCAUACACAAUAAGGGUUUAUAGUACAUUUAUAGUUAUAAAUAAUAUAAAUUUUUGUUCGUUGGAAUAAUUCAUGAUGCUUUCUUUAAAACAGUAACAAUUAAAAAAAAUGCAUAAGUAUGUUUAUCAUAUUAGCUAUCGUAUUUGUGGGCACUGACUAUGUUUGGCGUUGUCAGUACCAUUAAAUAUACGACUUGUGUUGUGAUUUGAUUUUUAUAAUAUUAUGAAACGAUAACAACGAAAAUCCGUGUAUGUAGAGUCAGUUUAUGUACAGUAAUUUUAAUUUGUUAACGGUGUUUAUGGCACAAAAUGGCAAUUGUGUUUGAAAUCAUCAAACUUUAAAACCAAGUGCUUAGACUGCCCUAAUUAAACUGAUUUUGCAUAUCUUUCAUAAUGAAUAAUGUGUACAUAUAUAGUAUGUAUAUAAAAUAUUGCAAUAGUCAUAAGUAAGUAUAUAUGUAACAUAUAUAAUAUGUCGACAAUUAUUCUAUAGUCCACUGACUGCUCAAAAUCAAAAUAUUUUAAAUAAAAAAUAAAAAUGUUAUAAAUAAAAACAAUAUAUAUAUAUAUAUAAACAUAUAAGAAACUAAUUGUAACAAUAUAUGUAUGAAUGUAAAUAUGGAAAUAAUUUUUAAAUUAUUUUAAUUAAAGAUUUUACUAAAUCUAGUGGAA